GUGACCAAAGGAGUUCUAGCCACAUCAAUUUUAUCAUCAUUCGCUUUGACGUUUCCUCUUCACUACCAUAGACAGUAUUUCAUAUACACAUCAGACCAAAUAUUUCAGAAACAACAGUUAUGGAGAUUAAUCACUUCCAAGUUGGUUUUUUUAGACGUUAAAGAUUUGUUUAUUUGUUCAUUACUCAUCUACUAUUUUAGAAUAUUUGAGAGGAGGUUUGGCUCCAGAAAAUAUGCAUCAUAUUUAUUAAGCACUGGUUUCCUAGCAACAUUAUUAGAAUUAUUAUGUUUAUAUGUUUGUCAGUUAUUAGAAACUGAUAUAACUUCACUGCCUUCUGGCCCGUUGUGUUUUGUGUUUCCAUUGUUUAUACCAUAUUAUUUUGAUAUACCAAGGGUUGCUAUGACAACGAUACUAGGUGUACCGGUCACUGGUAAAACUUUUACCUAUAUUCUUGGUCUACAGAUAGCAAGUACAACAGCUGAAUCUAGAUUGGCAGCAUUAUGUUCUAUUAUUGCAGGAUUAUUAUGGCGUAUAAACUUUUUGAAAUUUCAAUCAGUGAUAUUAAUACCUAAUUGUGUGGGACAAGUGUUUGAAAAGACAAUUGGGAGACUCUUAAGGUCCAAACCACCCAAAAAUAUUCGUCUUCCAAUGGGAGCCACUUUAGAGCUACAACGUCAAGAACAGUUAGAUAGACUGGAACAGCAGAUGUUGUGGCAAACAUUUCAGAAUCCUAAUCAUUUAGCAAAUAAUAACGUUGGAGGAGGAUUAGCUACUUUCUUUCAGCAGGUAAGACAUCCUGAUUUACCGAGGGUUGAGAGUGAGAUCAUUUCAAACCCUUGA